UGGACAUACCAGCAGUGGUGGAGUCCUCUCCUGUCUGCACCUGUGGAGACACACACUGUGACCACACCCCUACAUAACACUCCAAUCUUUUGCUCACAGGCAAGACGUGUUCCUCCUCUACGUCUUCCGAAGAGCUAGCAUUCCCCAUCCUGUGUUUCCACCUGCUCUCUCACCUACCGAUCUUCAGUUCCUCUGAUCCAAACACACAAAGAGAAGACGAAGGACGAGCUACAGAAAGGGGUGUGGCUCAAAAAUGGGCGGGGUCGAUCGUGUCGGGUCAGCUUUGGUCAAGUUGACGAUGGAAGGUCUCUCGGCAGAUGAAGCGGAGCAGUAUGAUCGUCAGAUAAGGCUUUGGGGACUGGAGGCACAGAAGAGGCUCCGCACAUCGUCCGUGCUGGUGGUUGGAGCCAAAGGUUUGGGUGCUGAACUGUGCAAGAACAUAGUACUGGCGGGCGUCAAGAGCCUGACACUUCUAGACCACGCUCUUGUGUCACCUUCUGAUCUUGGGAAUCGUUUUCUGGUCAGCAAAGAUGGGGAGAGUAGAGCUAAGCAAGCAGUAGUGCAACUGCAAGCCCUCAAUCCCAACGUAGAUGUGCUGGCAGACACGGAGCCAGUGGGAGAGAAGGACGACACAUUCUUCACCCAGUUCAGUGCGGUCUGUGUCAGUUGCUCUUCUCUGCCAUUUCUCCUCCACAUCAACAACGUCUGCAGAACCCAUGGCAUUAAAUUUUUCUGUGGAGAUGUGUGGGGUUUCUAUGGUUACUUUCUCUCCGACCUUGGGGAGCAUGAAUACAGCAUGGAGGAGGUCAGUGAGUACAGAGUGGGAGACGAGACACAGGCCGUGGCACCAGUCCAGGAUGGGGAAAAGAAGAGUGUGAAAAAGGUGUGCAUCCUAAUUACAUACAAUAAAGGUGUGUACCCCAGCCCUCACACUACUCCUAAUGCUGGCUCAGAGCUGUUCUUUCCCUGCCCUGCAAGAAGCCCUGGCGGCCAACUGGUCUUCAAAACCAGCACGUUACUUCAAGAGAACACCUCCAACCUGGUUCAUCAUUCGCACCCUGCAAGAAUUUCGGGACUCCAACGGUGGUAGAGAUCCACAGGAGGAGGGGGACAGAGAGGGACUGCUCUCUGCACAGGCUGCGGCUGCAGCAAAGCUAGGAAUCAACCCUGACCUUAUCCCCAACCACUUCUACCGGUUUUGCAACGGUGAUCUUAGUCCUGUGUGUGCUAUAGUCAGUGGAGUUAUGGGACAAGAGGUCAUCAAAGCAUUGUCAGGGAAAGACGAGCCGUAUCAGAACUGCUUUCUAUAUGACGGAGUGAACAGUACAGGAAUUGUAGAGUACAUUGGUCCGUAGCUAUUAAGUAGUCUUUGCUCACUGACAUCAGUAACCAGCUCUGUCCACCAGAUCUCUGUAACUGGCCAUUGUAUCACUAGCAGAUAAGGUAGGUUUAGCUGCUCUGCUUCCACUAGCGCGAACAACAGGCCUUUGUAGGCCAAGAAGGUCACAAAUCUUGUUUCUUUUCUCUCUGACUACGUCCAAACCACUCUCCCUAUGGAUGUAACUGA